AUUCACUCACUCCUGUCACUCCUUCUAUUUCCUAAGUUUCACUCUCAAAUAAAAAAAAAACAAAAAACAAAAAAAUUCACAACUUAAUAUAAAAAGCGCUUUUUUCUUCUUCAUUGUAAGGUUUAAGCUUAUUCUCUCACUCACACUCCCACCAAACCUUCAUCGAUCCUUCCGCUUUUUCACUGAUCGCAUCAUCCAGAUCCAGAUCAAAUGGCAAGUAUGGCUCUUUUGCGUUUUACACCCCCCUCUGGUAAAACAAACAGCCAUGCAAUUCCAUUUUCAUCUCCAUCGUCACCUCCACUGUUGAGUAACCGUUCUUUGUAUCUCACCAAACCAACCCAUUUGCCUCAAAGAUUGAAGCUUUCGUUUGCUGGAGGUGAAGGAGGUGAUGGGGUUGGCCGUGGUGGUGGUAGUGGUGGUGGUGGAGGUGAGAAUUGGGGUGGUGCUGGUAAGGAUGAUGGAAACUCAAAUUCCAAAGAUUCGUCUUUUGGGAUUUUGGGUUUGUUUCUGAAUGGUUGGAGAUCAAGGGUUGCUGCUGAUCCACAAUUUCCUUUCAAGGUUUUGAUGGAAGAGUUGGUUGGUGUUUCUGCAUGUGUUUUAGGUGAUAUGGCUUCGAGGCCUAAUUUCGGUUUGAACGAACUCGACUUUGUUUUUUCAACUCUUGUUGUCGGUGCUAUUCUCAAUUUCACUCUCAUGUAUCUGUUAGCACCAACCUUAGGAUCUGCUUCAGCUAGUGUGCCUGCAAUCUUUGCUUCCUGUCCUAAGAGUCACAUGUUUGAGCCCGGUGCUUUUAGUUUGAUUGAUAGGUUAGGUACUUUGGUCUACAAAGGAACCAUUUUCGCUGCUGUUGGAUUCGGUGCAGGUCUUGCUGGGACCGCGCUUUCAAACGGGUUGAUUAAGUUGAGGAAGAAGAUGGAUCCAACGUUUGAAACACCGAACAAAGCGCCACCUACUUUACUCAACUCUCUCACUUGGGCUGCUCAUAUGGGUGUCAGCAGCAACUUAAGGUACCAAACACUAAACGGUGCCGAGUUCCUGUUGGAGAAAGCGGUUAAUCCUUUGGUGUUCAAGGCGUCCGUGUUGGUGCUUAGGGUUGUGAACAAUGUUCUUGGAGGAAUGUCUUUUGUGGUCUUGGCAAGGUUGACAGGAGCACAAAGUUCCGGUGAAAAGAAGCCGUCGGAAUUGGAGGUUGGAUUGAUUGAGAAAGCUGAAAGGGAAAGGGUAGAAGAAGCUUUGGAGAGUAGCAACCAAACAACACCAACAAAGUGAAUAGCAUCACUUAGUUUGGUUUUAUCUAUUGCUUUGACUAAGGUUGUUGGAUAGAUGAGUGCUUGUUUAGUUUUUUUUCUUCUGAAUUUUCUAUAGAUUUUCCUAUUUUCACAAACUUUGGCAGCAACAAAUAAGAAUGUAUGGUAGAUUAAGAUGGGUAUAUUUGGUACAAAUUUCUGGCAGGUUUUGAUGUUAUGUUGCUGAAAAUCAACAUGAAAGAAUAAGGUGACAAACUAGUUUGGCCAUGUGUUUGAUUUUGGACCCACAACAAUGUACCAUCUGAAAAUGUUAUGGCUCCUAUGUUGCUGUUUUUGUUUCUA